CCAGCCCCCGACCGCAUCUCUCUCUCACCCUUCUGCACCGCGCUUCCGUCGACCGACUGCCGUCGCCUUUCGAUCCACCGCGCCGUUGCCGGAAAAAUCGCCGCCGCCAGGACGUAGGAGCUUCUAUUUAUCACUAAAAGGAUGAAGCGCAUUAUAAAGAUUAUCACAUUGCUGGUGGCCGUUUCUGCUCUGUGGAUUGGUCUCUUGCAGACAUCUGUUCUUCCUCAUAGUUAUACUUGGUUGCUACCAAUGUAUUCCAUUGUGUCUCUUGGAUGCUAUGGUCUAUUAAUGGUUGGAGUUGGUCUCAUGCGAUUUCCAACUUGUCCUCAUGAAGCUGUACUCUUGCAGCAGGACGUAGUUGAAGCCAAGGAGUUUCUGAAGCAAAGAGGAGUCGAUGUGAGCGGUUCUGAUUGAGACCGUGAACUCAGUUUUCUCUCCUCUACGGGCUGUACUUUGAGCUUCACUGAAUCUGCGCAUAUGGUCAUUAAAAGCACCACACAAAAAAAAAAAAAAAAAAAAAAAAAAAAAAAAAA